AUGGAAAUAACAUUAAGCAGCAUAAAUGCUGAUUAUGUUAAUACAAGAGAUAUUAUUUAUAAAACAGAAAUAUCAUGUUCGAAAAUAUUAAAUAUUAUUAAAGAACAAGCAUUAUCGUAUGAGCACGCAAUUGAAGAUGCUGCAAAGCAAAUUCAAAUAGUUACACAAAAGACUCCAGAUAGUAGCCAUUUCAAUCAAACAAACCGUAUUCAUGAAACCUGUAUCGAUUUAGCAAGAAUGGUUGCUAAUAAUGGCAAUUGA